UGGGGAGUUCCGACGUGAACGCGCCUGACGGAUCCCCGGCGGAGAGGGCAGCGAGAGCGCGCAUCUCCGUCCUCCGCUCGUGAAGACACUGCAGGGGAGCCAGAUGCCCGACUGCGAGACGCUGCCUGUGGAUCCUCAUCCCGAAUGCCAGAGCAGGCGACACAUCUCAUCCCACCGCACAGAGGAGGAGGAGGAGGAGGAAGAGGAAGAAAUGGAGGAGACGAAUGUCAUAGGAUGAACACUGCUGGUGGGGUGUGUCUGUCUGUGCUGUCCUCCCUCCUGGCCGUGGCUGGGGCCCUGGCUGCUCUGUCUGCCCUCGCUCUAGCUCCUCUCUCUACCCUGCCUGAGGUUGCCUAUGGGGCUGCCGAAAGCAUCCCCAGCACAGGGGCAGAAGGGGGCCCCUCACCCGUCUCCUCACCAUGCUCCAGCCUUGUAGCAGGGGUGCUCUAUGGUUCUUUCUCCCUAAGGGAGCUUUUUCCCUUCAGGACACCUGGUUGUUCGUGGUCCUUGGAAAAUCCAGAUCCUACAAAGUACUCCCUCUACCUCCGCUUCACCCGAAACCCUGUCAUCUGCCAAAUGCACCACCCCAUGCUCCUUUCCCUUGACCACCACCUAGCCAAUCAAAGCUGCCCUCUCCAUCUACAAACGGCAACAGCCAGGGAUCAGGAGACCAUCGAUCUAUGCGGCAGCCCCUUGAACUCAGACAGACCCUACUCCUUCCUGCAGUUUGAUAAAAACUUUGUUCAGCUAUGUCUGACGAGACACCCUGCUGCAGAUGAGCCUCAGGUAACAAAGGAAUUGGCAGAACAGAGGCUGGUGGAGGUAUUGCUCAUUAACAACGAGAACUCCAGUCAGUUCACCUGCGGCGUGCUCUGUCGUUGGUUUGAGGAGUGUCUGCGGACGGACCCCACUGGGAACCAGGAGACCUCUGACGGGGAUGUUUGUGGGAUGACGCAAACGGGCUGCAUUUGUCCUAAUCACAACAUCAUGGCGCCGCCGAUUCCACUACUUCCGGAGACACCUCACAGUUUCAGCAACGGUUCCCUCGUCCCUGAUGACUGCUGUGUAACCGAACUUCAUUCCAACGAUGCAAUCGCCAUAGCACCGAGAGACGUCAGGCAAGACCCAUACGAUGACGACCUGAAGGUGAAGACCCAAAGGCCACGAUCAGCUGACCUGCCAGGUGUGUUUCAGGCACAAACAGGUGAUCCGGCGGCAGAGGAGUGGUCGCCGUGGAGUGUGUGUUCUCUGACGUGUGGGCAAGGCUGGCAAGUGAGGACGCGGUCCUGUGUCUCCUCUCCUUAUGGCACGCUUUGCAGUGGUGCUCUGCGGGAGACGCGCAUGUGCAACAACACAGUUUCCUGUCCUGGUGAACCUGGAAUCAUAAGUGCAGUGCAUGGGCAGUGGGAGGAGUGGUCGUCAUGGAGUCUGUGCUCUGUUACCUGUGGGCGGGGCUCCAGAACACGCACCAGGACGUGCAUGGAUGGAGGUGGGGUGACGCCUUGCGGCCAGCCCGACAUUCAGACCAAACCCUGCAACAUAGCUGUUUGUCCUGUGGAGGGCCAGUGGUUGGAGUGGGGCGUGUGGUCAAAAUGCAGCGUGACCUGCAACACGGGGACCCAGAUGAGGCAAAGGCGCUGCAGUCCCUCGGUGCACGGCUGGGCCGAGUGUAAGGGGCUUCAUCAGGAGAGCAGGGAAUGCGCUAACCCUUCAUGCAGUGGUGGAGGUAACUGGGGCAGCUGGAACCACUGGAGUCUGUGCAGCAAGACGUGCGACUCUGGGUGGCAGCGGCGCUACAGGAUGUGCGAGGGCAGCGGAGAACAAGGCUAUCCCUGUGAAGGUUCAGGAGAAGAGGUCCGGUCCUGCAACGAGAAGAAGUGCCCUGCUCCUCAUGAGAUAUGCAAAGACGAGCACCUCCUUUCGAUGUCAUGGAAGAGAGCCUCAGCCGGAGAAACUGUCUACAACAAGUGUCCAACAAAUGUUAUCGGAUCUGCUAGUCGUCGAUGUAUGCUGGACAAUAACGGAGUUGCUUUCUGGGGUCCUCCGAGCUUCGCCAGAUGCGUCUCCCUUGAGUAUAGACAACUGCAUUUAGCUUUGCUAGAGCAUCUUGCGAAGGGUCAGAGGACCCUGGCCGGGGAGGGGAUGUCUCAGAUCGUACGGAGUCUCCUGGAACUUUUGCAGAGGAGGAGCUACUACAGUGGCGACCUUCUCUUCUCCACGGAGAUCCUGCGAAAUGUGACGGACACCUUCAAAAGAGCAACCUACAUCCCAGCUUCCGACGACGUGCAGAAAUUCUUCCAGAUUGUCAGCCACAUGUUGGACUUGGAAAAUCUGGAGAAGUGGGAGGACGCACAUCAGGUCGCUCCCGGCGCUGCUUCGCUGAUGAGAAUAUUAGAAGAUUUUAUUCAUUUCAUUGGAGAAGCACAGAAGCCUUUUCAGAGUUUCCUGACAGUCACUAACAAUCUCAUGAUAACCAUUCAAAGAGAGCCAGUGUCGGCAGUUUCAAGUGACAUCAACUUUCCCAUGAAGGGACGGAGGGGGAUGAAGGACUGGGCCAGAACAGCGGAGGAUAAGCUCUACAUCCCCAAAGAAGUCUUUACCAUCCCUGUUGAGGAGCCUGGGACCGAAUCAGAAACCACAAUGUAUUAUGUCAUUGGAGCCAUUUUGUACAGAACCCUUGGCAUCAUCUUACCUGGACCAAAUCCUCCUGCGGUGAUCAACUCCAAGAUCCUGUCGGUGACGGUGCGACCCGAACCUCAGCCAAGUGAGCCCAUGGUCGUGGUGGAGCUGUCGCCGCUUUUAAAUGGUACAUCAGAUCCUCAGUGCGUUGUCUGGAACUAUGGCAACACGGAAACUGGCACAGAAAACUGGGGCACAGAAGGCUGCCAAACGCUAGCAUCAAACACUGUCCACACCAAAUGCCUCUGCAGCAGGAUAUCCACCUACGCCGUGUUAGCGCAGCAAGCUAAAGACCCGGACAUGGGUCCUACCAGCAUGCCCUCAGUGCCCCUCAUGGUGGGCUGCGGAGUGUCCUGCACUGCUCUCCUCAUCCUGCUGCUCAUCUACGCUGCCUUUUGGAGGUACAUCCGGUCAGAGAGAUCGAUCAUCUUGGUCAACUUCUGCUUCUCCAUCCUGGCCUCCAAUUUACUGAUUCUGCUAGGACAAUCUCAAACACUCAACAAGGGGCUGUGUACUGUGACUGCUGCUUUCCUGCAUUUCUUCUUCUUGGCGUCCUUCUGCUGGGUGCUGACUGAGGCAUGGCAGUCCUACCUGGCUGUCAUUGGCAAAACAAGGUCACGCAUCAUUCGCAAGCGUUUUCUGUGCCUCGGCUGGGGUCUUCCAGCCCUUGUUGUUGCAGUGUCAGUGGGUUUCACCAGAGCAAGAGGUUAUGGCACCGCCAGCUAUUGCUGGUUGUCUUUGGAGGGCGGCCUGCUUUAUGCCUUCGUUGGUCCUGCUGCUGUCAUUGUACUGGUAAACAUGCUCAUUGGGAUUGUGGUGUUCAACAAGCUCAUGUCUCGAGACGGCAUCUCAGACAAGUCUAAAAAGCAGCGAGCAGGUGUCCCGGCGGAGGCGCGGAGCCGACUGCUCCUGAAAUGCUCCAAGUGUGGCGUGAUCUCAAGUACCGCUAUGUCCAGCUCGACGGCCAGCAGCGCCAUGGCGUCCCUGUGGAGCUCCUGUGUGGUUCUUCCUCUGUUAGCAUUGACCUGGAUGUCAGCCGUGCUGGCCAUAACUGAUCGGCGCUCCACACUCUUCCAGGUCCUCUUCGCCGUUUUUGACUCUGUCCAAGGCUUUGUCAUCAUCACUGUCCAUUGUGCUAUGCGCCGAGAGGUGCAAGACGCUGUGCGUUGUCGAAUGGGGGGAUGUAAAGACGACAGCGAAAACUCCCCUGACUCCUGCAAGAACGGACAGGUGCAGAUCAUGAAGGGCUCUUGUGGACAGCAGCACAGCUCUCGUCAGAGCACACCCCUGUGUUUGUCUGGCUGUCACCAGCAGCUGCCGACACCGACGUGCCACCACACAAGCCAGCAAGCCUGUUACCAUGAUCUGCCUAACAGCAGCCGCAACUGUGUGCUGAACCACGGCCACACACAUGAGCACACCCCACUGCUCAACAAUACCCACAACCACACCCCCAAUCACAUCAACAGUCGAUCAACGGAUUUCGAGAAGGACGUGGACUUGGCUUGUCAGACAGAGAGAGGACACCCAUUCAUUUUCAAAGAGGUCAACACCUGUAACCCAGCCACCAUCACUGGAACCCUGUCACGAAUCUCCCUGGAUGAUGAGGAUGAUCCAAAGCUUGCAGCACAUCAAGAAGGGGGAGUAGGGGUCAAUUUCAGUUCCCUUCCUGGAAACAUCCCACCUCCAAACCUCAUUGUACAGGUUCCAACAUUAGGACUUAAUGAGCUCAGUGAGACGCCUCUUAAGAAGGAGGUAAACUUGGACCAGCAGAGACAACAGGGGCAGCCACGCACCACCGCUCCGAUCUACUUGUGCACCGAGAGCGGCCUGGGUUGGGCCCGGCCGCCCGCGUCCUCCAACAAUUCCCAGGACGGAAGCGCAGGAAGUGGGGGGAGCGGCGGGGGUGGGAGUGGCGGAGGGGGGGAAGGAGACUACAUGGUCUUGCCUCGUAGGACGGUCAGUCUCAAACCUCCCGCGCCCUCUUCGCAGGGAGGAGGCCUGGGACUUGGCGGCGAGGACAAGCCCCUCAAUAUCGCGGUGGAGGAUCCUCCCUUCCCCCCUCCUCCCUCUCCGCUCACCCUCCACCCGGCAGAGAGCGAGGCCUAUCCGGCAGAUUUUGUGCCGUCCAGCGUCGGUGACAUGAAUAUCACCAUGAACCUAAACCGCUCCUACGGGACUAUCAAAACCGUGCCCCAUGGGCAUGGCCACUUGAUGGGCCAAGGUGGGCAUGUGCACUCCCACGGAGGACACAUGCACUCCCACGCGCAUUCACUCCACCUAAAGCCAGGCCAGAGGCCAUCAGUCAGACAGAUUCUGACAGGGGGAACCACAGUGGAGAGAACCCGCACCCUCCCACGCAACCUAGGCAGCACCAAUGCCAACACCAGCCUCUCAGCGGGAUCCCUGGAGAGGAAGAGAGUACGGUACUCUGAGCUGGACUUUGAGAAAGUGAUGCACACUCGCAAAAGACAUUCUGAGCUGUACCAUGAGCUCAACCACUCGUCCAAGUUCCACACCAUAGACAGGUAUAACAGGGACCCAGCCAUGUCCACAUUCAAGUUUGAUCGUAGCCACACAGUCAGCAGCACCAUGGGCAUCCAAGUCAACAAAGGACAAGUCCAACCCCGAGGACCAAAGCUCCUGGGACAGUUUCAAGACCAUGACCCCCGAGCUGUCUAUCGUGCCUGGGGAGCAGAAAGACCGUCUGGAAUUGCACAAUAAGAACUGGGACUCGUCCUCAGCGAACACACCGGACUCGUCGGAGGGAGACUUCCAGACUGAAGUGUGAAGACGACAUGAUCACCUUAAUCACAGACCUGAGAUAAUGUUGAGAUACAGACACGCAUACACACACACACACACACACACAGACACGGUACUCCCGAAAAGAUUCACAUAGGUACGAUCUCCUGCAAAGGAUCUCAGACAUUCUGCUCCCUGCCUCAUGCAAUGUGCUUUGUUGGAUCCCAUACUGUAUUUGUUUACAGCUGAAGAGGACGUAUAUUCAAAAGGAAGACUGUUCUUCACUCUAUUUUCACAAAGACUAUCGUGGGGGUGGGGGUGGGGGAACAGAACAGGGGCUGGAAAGAUCUGUGACUAAAGACGAUUUUUAAAAGAACUCAAAAGGGAUGAAAAACGUAAUUUCUGAGAAAAAAGUCUUGAUUUUAUUCAGAAGAUAAAAGAAAAUGUCUUACAAGUGUUUGAUGACUUAGGGACGGUGGUUUGGGGUGGGAGAGAAAAAUAAGAAUAUUUCUGCACUCUUAUUCUUUUUUUAUAUAUAUAUAUAAAUUGCAAGGGGGAAUAUUUCACCUUAGUCCCUCCCCCCAAGGCAAUCUACGUUUAUUAUUGUUUAUUCUUUUUUCUUAUUCUUUCAAAUGGAAGAUGAAAGUAUUCAAUCACUCUGUCUAUCCUAUGUGUUUGCUUUCUUUUUGUCACAGCAAGAGUGGAUAGGGAAUGAGGGGGCAGAGAUGGAGCUGCUCACUGAUUAUGUGCCAUUCUCUUUACAUGUCUUCAGGUUCUGGUUCUUCUAGACUCACCUUUUUUCUUCUUUUUUUUUCUCUCCCUGUCACAUCCUCUCCCUUAACGUUCCGAUUUUUAAUUUUGCGUCUUUUCUAUUGUUCACCGAACGAAAAGGUUAUUCCCCUUCGUCCGGGCACGAAAAAAAAAAAAACAAAACAAAAAAAAUCUGAAACAAAUGACAACCAGUUGAUUUUUAGUUUCAUGUUUUAUUGUUCUAUGCUUCAUCUGCUCAAAAGAACUCAUUUAUUUUUCACUCAUGUGUGCUUGAGCUGCUUAGUACUUGUUUUUUUGGGGUUGUUUUUUUUUUUUGGUUUCCAUGUAUGAAGUGAUUCAAAGGUCACAUAAAACUUUAAAUGCCUUCUUACGACAGAGCACAUGAAUAUGAGAUUGCAUUUCAAGAGUGUCUGGAAAAGACCAAAAAAAAAGAAAAAAGAAGGGACACAGUGGUCUUAAAGAUUGUAGCAUCUUCUUUGUUCUUUCCAAAGUUUAAAGGUUGCAUGGUUUGAUGGGUUGUGAGUGGCUCUCGGUCAGUUGCCCCUUUGCCAGUUUGUACCCCCAUUCCGUACCAAUGCAUUUCUGUCUUAUCCCUUUCUAUUUCCAUUUGAGCAAACCAUUUCUUAUCAGUGAAUUCUGCCGUGGCAUUUCCUUUCUUUUCUUUUUUAAAUUUUUGUAGUGAAAUAUUUUCAUUAAUUAUGUAAAUGAAUUAUGUAAAUUCAUUUGUAAAUGAAUAAAAAAAAAAACAAAACAAAAAAACACCCACUAUAAUUUUAUCUAAUUAUAUAUUGUCUACAAAAUUAUUACACUGUAUUUCCCUAAAAAAAAGAAAAUCCAUAACUAAUGUUGUUCUGACCUUUGUCAUGUUUUGGACAGUUGAUUCCUAACAUGACAGCUUUAGAGUUUAAGCAAAAUUAACUCUAACGUGCCUGGAGCUGGUCGUCAUUAGUUACCAGAGUCACUGCACCACAUUUCUGUAAGGUGGCCAAUUCAUAGAUUACAGAAACUAAUGAUAAAUCCUUGGUUGUCAUAGCAGCACCUGAACGGACGCAUGGUCGUUGUAACACACUUACAACGACCAAGGUAAAAUUUACUACCUGAAAGACUCGGGUUAACUGCAGAGGUACUAAAUGGCAAAGGGGCAAAUUGACCAGCAACUGUCACGAGUCACUGUGAUGCCAGAUUACAAAUUUGCCAUAGUGAGACUUUAGCUAACGUGGCCGCCGUUUAGGUAGAAUGCCUCUUCUUACAAAGUUACAAACGCAUAUUUGCAUCCCUAUAGAUUUUACUCCUUUUAUUUGCUUUUUUUUUUUUUUUUUGUCACACUUAAACGUUUCAGAUUCAUGCAGCACGUUUUAAAAAUUAAGGAUUCUGACAUUUGAUAAAAUGCUGUUCUCAAAGUAUCCAGUCCGAAUGGGACCCAUGAUCGCUAAAGUCCAAUACGUGGUCGCUUUUUUCUUUAUUUUUUUUCCUUUCCAAGAUAUUAAGGAAAUUUCGCUAGCUUCGUCAGUUGAAAGUGAGUGAGACAAUUAGGAAAACAAAAACACAGAGAAAACGGUCCAAAAGAUUGUAGCAUCCUCUUUGUUCCGUCUCCCGGCUUGAAGGUUGCCUGGUCUGAUCCAUCACGAGUCGCUGCGACGCCAGAAACAAGGACAAAAAGAUGGACGAUGGGGUCCCACGUUGACUAAACACACAUUAGCAGCCAAUAUUCUAUUUCCAAGUUCUAGUAAUAAUUUGAUAAACAAGAAAUUGCCUUUUGCUGACGAGCCUGAAAACCCCUAGCUUUUGCUUUAGCGUGCUAUCUCUACCUCUUUCAUAUUGCCUGCUCCGAACUCAGAAGCAUGAAAUCUUAAUUCUACAAGCAGCAAGGCUAAAUGUAUAAUUCCUCGUUUCCAUGGAUCCCAAACUGUGUGUUUAUGUCUCUGGGCCUGCGAGCACAGCCACUGCAAAAAAAAAAAAAAAAAAAACAGCACAAAAUAGACACUUCAGAACGAAGGGGAGCUAAAAAUUACGAUUCCGUUAAACACCCUUGCUGCAGUUGUUACAACAGGCGACAGCAGUUUCCAGUUAUUGCUACAUUAGUUCGUGAGAGAAAGUGUCCGAGUCGAGGGUGAUAAUUCCUCUGUCGACGUUCACAGCGGCAGUUGUUGUUGAUGUAAAAGUUUGGAGGAAGAACUGAUUUGUAAUUUAUAAAAAGGCUUGAAGAAAGUGCAGGGGGGUGGGGGGGGAAGCAGAUUCCAAGAUGGAUUCCAAAAAUAACACUGUUAAAAAGAGGCUCGAAACGGGCAGAGAUGAAGACGAAGGGGAGUGCUCAAAACAGUAAUUAUCCGGGGAUGACGAUUUGUCCUGACAUUUUCCAAUGCAGCCCUCGAACCAUCUGUUUAAGGUUCCCUAAUGUGGCGGUAGAGCAGCGCGGCGCAGAUGGCGAGACAAGAGCGGCGCCCUUCUAACCUUUUGAGAUAAUCAGCUGAUAGGCGAACCUACAGCUCCACCUCUCUCAGAGGAGGGAGGCUUGGUUUGAUCCCAGGUUGCCAAGGUAAGGGCACAUUCACCUGACCUCCUGCAAGGCUCAGGAACCAGAUCCACCGGACAAAGCGGCCGUCUGGCAGCUUCGCGGUCGCACCCGGUAGCUGUUACUCCACGGCAUUUCUCCAUUUUUCUUCCAUCUCUCAAACUGAUCGAAUUAAAAAAAAAAAAGAAAAAAAAUUGUGGUGGGGGGAAUAUAAAGUCUUGUUCCCAUGGUAAUGCGAUUUACAGGAAGGAAGACACAAUCAGGUUUGCUUUCAACAGUGUAAAUGAUUUCCUUUCCAUCAGUCAUAUCUUUCGUCUUGUAGUAUAUGGAGAACUCUGGGCUCAAUGACGGCUGGUGUUAAGAUUUUAUGGUUCAGAAGAGUAAAACGAGCUAUUGCUUGACCAAUUGAAAAGUCUGUCAUGCAUUCUUCUAUUAAUCUUUUUUUUUUUUAUAAAAAAAAUGUGCUGUAAUGUUUAUUAUAACACUAGGAGGACACUGUAUGUUAACUUUUAGAGCCACUUUCCGUUUUCUCUAAAAAGCUUUUAUUUUUUUUUCCACUCAACUGUCUUUGGGGAACGAGACGGACGAGAAGGCAGGUUUUUCAAACUGAAAUCCAAGUAGAGUUUAAUUCAAAAACCUUCACAGCUCACCUUUCUACCUGUCAUACCUGCAAGCCUUUGAUGCUUCUCGAAACAUCUGACAUUCCAGCUGAUUUUAUUACUGACAAACCCUCACUCUCUCCUUCAUUUUUGUUCUUUUUAUACAUAAGAUUGUACAAAGUAGUCCUCUAAUGUUUUCAUAGUGUCUUUUUAUAUGAAAAUAAAUUUUCAAACUGA